AUGGAUUUCCUAAGCUCUAUUAUGGCUUGCCUCGUUCUUUUGUCUCUGGCUUUGUUCUUGCCCGUGGCUUAUGGGCAACAACUUGUUCCGGCACUGUUUAUAUUUGGCGACUCUGUCGUCGACGUAGGUAAUAACAACAAUCUUCGGACGCUUGUAAAAGCUAACUUUGCUCCUUAUGGCAGAGACUUUGUAAAUCACACUGCAACUGGAAGAUUCUCAAAUGGCAAGAUUGCCAUUGAUUUUAUAGCUAAGAGGCUUCUGUUUACUUCCUACCAACCACCGUAUCUCAACAAAUCAAAUGCGACCACAAGAAACCUCUUAAUUGGAGCAAACUUUGCGUCGGCUGCUUCCGGCUAUUACGAAGAAACGGCUAACAUUUUCCUUGCUAUUCCACUCUCAAAGCAGCUCGAACAUUAUAAGGAGUACCAAGAAGAGGUGGUUGAGCUAGUAGGGGCUGAGAACGCUUCGUUAAUUUUUUCUCGUGGCGUACACAUAUUAAGUACGGGAAAUAGUGAUUUCGUACAGAAUUACUAUAUCAAUCCUGUUCUUAAUAUUGCUUUGACCUCCGAACAAUUUUCAAACGUUCUUGUGCAAAAAUAUGCACAAUUCAUUGAGGAAUUGUACGGACUAGGAGCAAGGAAGAUAGGAGUGACAACGCUCCCACCGAUUGGGUGCCUGCCGGCAGUUAUUACACUGUUCGGCUUCGGACAAAUAAUUUGA